UGAUUUGUAUUAGGUACCAUAGAGUGAGGCGAGGAUGAAGCCGAGAGGAUACUGCAGAGGUCUCUGGUGCAUGUGUGUAUGUGUGCGUGUGUGUGUGUGUUUGCAUGUACGUCCUGCCUCAGUGAGACUGCAGCCCUUGUAAAUACUUGGUCACCUUUUGCGAGAAGGAAUCUGAACAAUUGCAGCCGGAGGCACGUUGUCAUCCUCUGGGUCUUUGGGAGAUGCUCUUCCUCAUUGCGGAUGGGUGAAUUUCCUUUAUCAGGACUUUCAUAUGCAGAGUAGAUGGUAAUUAAAAUGUGCAGGAUGACAAGAUGGAGCCAACAGUGCUUGUACCCCCAGGACCUGACAGCUUCCGCUUCUUCACCAGAGAAUCUCUUGCAGCUAUUGAAAGACGCAUUGCAGAAGAAAAGGCUAAGAACCCCAAGCCAGACAAGAAGGAUGAUGAUGAAAAUGGCCCAAAGCCAAAUAGUGACUUGGAAGCGGGGAAGAACCUCCCGUUUAUUUACGGAGACAUCCCUCCGGGGAUGGUGUCAGAGCCGCUGGAGGACCUGGACCCGUACUACAUCAAUAAAAAAACUUUUAUAGUAUUGAAUAAAGGGAAGGCCAUCUUCCGGUUCAGUGCCACCUCUGCCCUGUACAUUUUAACGCCCUUCAAUCCUCUUAGGAAAAUAGCUAUUAAGAUUUUGGUACAUUCAUUAUUCAGCAUGCUAAUUAUGUGCACUAUUCUGACCAACUGUGUGUUCAUGACCAUGAAGAGCCCUCCCGACUGGACAAAGAAUGUAGAGUACACAUUCACAGGAAUAUAUACUUUUGAAUCACUUAUAAAAAUCAUUGCAAGGGGCUUCUGCUUAGAAGAUUUUACUUUCCUUCGGGACCCAUGGAACUGGCUUGACUUUACCGUCAUUACAUUUGCGUACGUGACAGAGUUUGUGGACCUGGGCAACGUCUCAGCGUUGAGAACAUUCAGAGUUCUCCGAGCACUGAAAACAAUUUCAGUCAUUCCAGGCCUGAAGACCAUCGUGGGGGCCCUGAUCCAGUCUGUGAAGAAGCUCUCAGACGUCAUGAUCCUGACCGUGUUCUGUCUGAGCGUGUUUGCCCUGAUUGGACUGCAGCUCUUCAUGGGCAACCUGCGGAAUAAGUGUGUCCAGUGGCCUCCCACCAAUGCUUCCCUGGAAGAACACAGCCUAGAGAAGAAUAUAACUGUGAAUUACAACGGCACGCUUGUAAACGAAACUCUCAUUGAGUUUGACUGGAAAUCCUAUAUUCAAGAUUCAAGAUAUCAUUAUAGUCUGGAAGGUAGUUUAGAUGCACUGCUAUGCGGAAAUAGCUCUGAUGCAGGUCAAUGUCCAGAAGGAUAUAUGUGUGUGAAAGCUGGUAGAAAUCCCAAUUAUGGUUACACAAGCUUUGAUACCUUCAGCUGGGCUUUUUUGUCCCUGUUUCGACUGAUGACUCAGGACUUCUGGGAAAAUCUUUACCAACUGACACUCCGUGCUGCUGGAAAAACAUACAUGAUAUUUUUUGUGCUGGUCAUUUUCCUGGGCUCAUUCUAUCUGAUAAAUUUGAUCCUGGCAGUGGUGGCCAUGGCCUAUGAGGAGCAGAAUCAGGCCACCUUGGAAGAGGCAGAACAGAAAGAGGCUGAAUUUCAGCAAAUGCUAGAACAGCUUAAAAAACAACAGGAAGCAGCUCAGGCGGCCGCGGUGACAGCCUCCGAGCAUUCCGGGGACCCGAGCGGGACGCGCGGGCUUUCCGACACCUCCUCCGAAACGUCCAAGUUGAGUUCGAAGAGCGCUAAGGAAAGAAGAAAUCGGAGAAAGAAAAGAAAACAGAAAGAACAGUCAGGUGGGGAAGAGAAAGACGAGGAUGAAUUCCACAAGUCGGAAUCUGAAGACAGCGUCAGGAGGAAGGGGUUUCGCUUCUCCAUCGAGGGGAAUCGGCUGACCUAUGAGAAGCGGUACUCCUCCCCUCACCAGUCAUUGUUGAGCAUCCGUGGCUCCCUAUUUUCUCCAAGGCGAAAUAGCAGAACAAGCCUUUUCAGCUUUAGAGGGCGAGCAAAGGAUGUGGGAUCCGAGAAUGAUUUUGCUGAUGACGAGCACAGUACCUUUGAGGAUAAUGAGAGCCGGAGAGACUCGCUGUUUGUGCCCCGACGGCACGGAGAGCGACGCAACAGUAACUUGAGUCAGACCAGCAGGUCGUCCCGGAUGCUGGCCAUGUUUCCGACAAAUGGCAAGAUGCACAGCACUGUGGAUUGCAAUGGUGUGGUUUCCUUGGUGGGUGGACCCUCGGUUCCUACAUCGCCUGUUGGACAGCUUCUGCCAGAGGUGAUAAUAGAUAAGCCAGCUACUGAUGACAAUGGAACAACCACUGAAACUGAAAUGAGAAAAAGAAGAUCAAGUUCUUUCCAUGUGUCCAUGGACUUUCUAGAAGAUCCUUCCCAAAGGCAAAGAGCAAUGAGUAUAGCCAGCAUUUUAACAAAUACAGUAGAAGAACUUGAAGAAUCCAGGCAGAAAUGCCCACCCUGUUGGUAUAAAUUUUCCAACAUAUUCUUAAUCUGGGACUGCUCGCCGUAUUGGUUGAAGGUGAAGCACAUCGUCAACCUGGUCGUGAUGGACCCGUUUGUCGACCUGGCCAUCACCAUCUGCAUUGUCUUAAAUACGCUCUUCAUGGCCAUGGAGCACUACCCGAUGACGGCGCAGUUCAAUAAUGUGCUUACAGUAGGAAACUUGGUCUUCACCGGGAUCUUUACAGCAGAAAUGUUUCUGAAAAUUAUUGCAAUGGAUCCUUACUAUUAUUUCCAAGAAGGCUGGAAUAUCUUUGAUGGCUUUAUUGUGACGCUCAGCCUGGUAGAGCUUGGCCUCGCCAAUGUGGAAGGAUUAUCAGUUCUCCGUUCAUUCCGACUGCUCCGAGUUUUCAAGUUGGCAAAGUCCUGGCCCACCCUGAACAUGCUGAUAAAGAUCAUCGGCAACUCGGUGGGGGCCCUGGGCAACCUCACCUUGGUGCUGGCCAUCAUCGUCUUCAUCUUCGCCGUGGUCGGCAUGCAGCUCUUCGGGAAGAGCUACAGAGAUUGCGUCUGCAAGAUCUCCAGGGACUGCGAGCUCCCGCGCUGGCACAUGCACGACUUCUUCCACUCGUUCCUGAUCGUGUUCCGCGUGCUGUGCGGGGAGUGGAUAGAGACCAUGUGGGACUGCAUGGAGGUCGCGGGCCAGACCAUGUGCCUCACUGUCUUCAUGAUGGUCAUGGUCAUUGGAAACCUGGUGGUCCUGAACCUCUUUCUGGCCUUGCUUCUGAGCUCAUUUAGUGCAGACAACCUUGCAGCCACUGAUGAUGAUAAUGAGAUGAACAAUCUGCAAAUUGCUGUGGACAGGAUGCACAAGGGAAUAGCUUAUGUGAAGAGAAAAAUAUAUGAAUUUAUUCAACAAUCCUUUGUUAGAAAACAAAAGAUUUUAGAUGAAAUUAAACCACUUGAUGAUCUAAAUAAUAAGAAAAACAGUUGUAUGUCCAACCAUACAGCAGAAAUCGGGAAAGAUCUUGACUAUCUCAGAGACGUAAACGGAACUACAAGUGGGAUAGGAACCGGCAGCAGCGUUGAGAAAUACAUUAUUGAUGAAAGUGAUUACAUGUCCUUCAUAAACAAUCCCAGCCUCACUGUGACUGUACCGAUUGCUGUAGGAGAGUCUGACUUUGAAAAUUUAAACACCGAAGACUUCAGCAGUGAAUCAGAUCUGGAAGAGAGCAAAGAGAAACUUAACGAGAGCAGUAGCUCUUCUGAGGGCAGCACUGUAGACAUUGGGGCACCUGCCGAGGAACAGCCUGUAGUGGAACCCGAGGAGACCCUUGAACCCGAAGCCUGUUUCACUGAAGGCUGUGUACAAAGAUUCAAAUGUUGUCAGAUCGGUGUGGAAGAAGGGAGAGGAAAACAAUGGUGGAACCUGAGAAGAACAUGUUUCCGAAUAGUUGAACAUAACUGGUUUGAGACCUUCAUUGUGUUCAUGAUUCUCCUUAGUAGUGGUGCUCUGUGUGUAUUUAUUUAUUUUUUGGUGCAGGUCUCAUUAGUCAGUUUAACAGCAAAUGCCUUGGGUUACUCAGAACUUGGUGCCAUCAAAUCCCUCAGGACACUAAGAGCUCUGAGGCCUCUAAGAGCCUUGUCAAGAUUUGAAGGGAUGAGGGUGGUUGUGAAUGCCCUUUUAGGAGCAAUUCCCUCCAUCAUGAAUGUGCUUCUGGUUUGUCUUAUAUUCUGGCUAAUUUUCAGCAUCAUGGGCGUAAAUUUGUUUGCUGGCAAAUUCUACCACUGUGUUAACACCACAACUGAUGACAUAUUUGACAUCAGCGAAGUGAAUAAUCAUUCUGAUUGCCUAGAACUAAUAGAAAGAAAUGAGACUGCCCGAUGGAAAAAUGUGAAAGUAAACUUUGAUAAUGUAGGAUUUGGGUAUCUCUCUUUGCUUCAAGUUGCCACAUUUAAGGGAUGGAUGGAUAUAAUGUAUGCAGCAGUUGAUUCCAGAAAUGUGGAACUCCAGCCUAAGUAUGAGGAAAGUCUAUACAUGUAUCUUUACUUUGUUAUUUUCAUCAUCUUUGGGUCCUUCUUCACCUUGAACCUGUUCAUUGGUGUCAUCAUAGAUAAUUUCAACCAGCAAAAAAAGAAGAUAAGUAUUUCUAACAUUUUCUCUCCCAAAAAUAGUAAAAUUAUUUCAAGUGUUUCUCCACCGAAUAAACACUUUAAUUCAGAAAAAAAAGGGUAUAAAAAUCCAUUUUUGCAUCCUCCCCCUCUGACAUCCAUUAACAAGUUCCAAGGCAUGGUCUUUGACUUCGUGACCAGGCAGGUCUUCGACAUUAGCAUCAUGAUCCUCAUCUGCCUGAACAUGGUCACCAUGAUGGUGGAGACCGACGACCAGAGCGAGUACGUGACGAGCGUUUUAUCGCGCAUCAAUCUGGUGUUCAUCGUGCUGUUCACCGGCGAGUGCGUGCUGAAGCUCAUCUCCCUCCGCUAUUAUUAUUUUACAGUAGGCUGGAAUAUUUUCGAUUUUGUGGUUGUCAUUCUCUCCAUUGUAGGCAUGUUUCUGGCCGAGCUGAUAGAGAAGUAUUUCGUGUCCCCUACCCUGUUCCGAGUGAUCCGUCUCGCCAGGAUUGGCCGGAUCCUGCGUCUGAUCAAAGGGGCGAAGGGGAUCCGCACGCUGCUCUUCGCCCUGAUGAUGUCCCUCCCCGCGCUGUUCAACAUCGGCCUCCUGCUCUUCCUGGUCAUGUUCAUCUACGCCAUCUUUGGAAUGUCCAACUUCGCCUACGUUAAGAGGGAAGCUGGAAUCGAUGACAUGUUCAACUUCGAGACCUUUGGCAACAGCAUGAUCUGCCUGUUCCAGAUCACCACCUCGGCCGGCUGGGACGGGCUGCUAGCCCCUAUUCUCAACAGCGCGCCACCCGACUGCGACCCUGACACAAUUCACCCUGGAAGCUCAGUUAAGGGGGACUGUGGGAACCCAUCUGUGGGGAUUUUCUUCUUCGUCAGCUACAUCAUCAUAUCCUUUCUGGUUGUGGUGAACAUGUACAUCGCCGUCAUCCUGGAGAACUUCAGCGUUGCUACCGAAGAAAGUGCAGAGCCCCUGAGCGAGGAUGACUUUGAGAUGUUCUACGAGGUCUGGGAGAAGUUCGACCCCGACGCCACCCAGUUCAUGGAAUUUGAAAAACUAUCCCAGUUUGCAGCUGCUCUUGAACCGCCCCUCAACUUGCCACAACCAAACAAACUCCAGCUCAUCGCCAUGGACCUGCCCAUGGUCAGUGGAGACCGGAUCCACUGCCUGGACAUCUUAUUUGCUUUUACCAAGCGGGUUCUGGGGGAGAGUGGAGAGAUGGAUGCUCUCCGAGUACAGAUGGAAGACAGGUUCAUGGCUUCCAAUCCAUCAAAGGUCUCCUAUCAACCAAUAACUACAACUUUAAAACGAAAACAAGAAGAGGUGUCUGCCGUUAUUAUUCAGCGUGCUUACAGGCGCCACCUUUUAAAGCGAACUGUAAAACAAGCUUCAUUUACAUAUAAUAAAAAUAAAAUCAAAGGUGGGGCUAAUCUUCUUGUAAAAGAAGACAUGAUAAUUGACAGAGUAAAUGAAAACUCUAUUACAGAAAAAACUGAUCUGACCAUGUCCACAGCAGCUUGUCCGCCCUCCUACGAUCGGGUAACAAAACCGAUCGUGGAAAAACAUGAGCAAGAAGGCAAGGAUGAAAAAGCCAAAGGGAAAUAAGUGAGAAUAAAAAUAAUUGGGCGACAAAUUGUUUACAGCCUGUGAAGGUGAUGUAUUUUUGUCCACAGGACUCCUUUAGGGGGUCAAUGCCAAACUGACUGUUUUUACACAAAUCUACUUAAAGGUCAGUGCCUACAAUAAGACAGUGACCCCUUGACAGAGAAUUGUGACUCUGUGUGAAGGGGAGAUGACCUUGACAGGAGGUUACUGUUCUCACUACCAGCUGACACUGCUGACGACAAGAGACACAAUGGCUACUCAGACUGUCGGGACCAGUUCAAAGGGGUGCAAACCUAUAAUUUGGAGGUUGUUUAACAUGGGACACUCUAGUGUAGUAAUUGUAUCCACUCUUUGCAUUUCAACUGCCACAUUUGUCACAUUUUUACAAAAUCUGUUAGUGAAUUCAUCUUUUUUUUAAUCCAUAUGUUGUUUAUUAUAUGUGAAUAUUUUUGUAAAUGGGGUUUCUGUUGGGAAACAGACUAAAGGACCUCUUUAACAGGUAUGCCACUGGGGGUUAUGGCAAUCACACUGCACUCCCAUUUGCACAAAGACAUGGUUUGCAUGAGGGCAUGCUACCCGGAGAGAUCUUGCAUGAAAAAAGGUCACAGGGAAAACAAUGAGUUCUUAAAUUCCAUUCAGGUUUCUGGGAGGGGUGAUUAGGUGAUAACUGGAGGUGCUUUGCUGAUCUUAUUUUGUCAAAUCCAGUCCCUAGACCAAGUAGAUAAUUUUUUUGAAGUAGGCCAUGAAAUCUUCGCCGGUGCAAACUUGAUCCAAAUGUUUGGAGUCAUAAAUAUUUCUGCUACCGUAGUUAAAAAAAAAAAAACUGAAUAAUAAGCAUUGUUUCCCACUAAAGACUGACCUGACCAAAACAACCCUUUAUAAAUUUCUGCUUAGUCCUGCACUUUGUUUAGCCAUCUUCAGCUCAGCAAGGUUGACACUGUAUAUGUUAACGAAAUGCUAUUUAUUAUGUAAAUAGUCAUUUUACCCUGUGGUGCACGUUUGGGCAAACAAAUAAUGACUUAAGCACAGUAUUUAUUGCAUUAAAUAUGCACCACAAGAAAUGUAGAGUGCAAGCUUCCCACAGGUCAUAUAAAGUAUUCUGCACCAUUGUAGGUAGUUGGGAUGCCGCCGAUGCAUGCCGAUGUCACCACACUGCUGUAUCUGGUUUCUUACACUGCUCAGAAUCUCAUUCACGAGAAACCAUACGUCAGUGGUUAAGUCAAGGAAAUCGUUUAACAAAUCUCUUUUCUUUAAGUCAUGAAGCUAUAGUUUGCAGCACUUCAACAGCUUUUGGUUAUUUUUAACUUUUAGGUGGAUAACAUAUGGUGUAUAGCCUGACUGUACAGACAUGUUAAAAACAAACAACAACAAAAAACCACUGCUUAGCCUGUUCAAAGUGUGUGUAGAAUUUUAUAAGCAAAUAUAAAUACUGUAAAAAGUCAUUUUAUUUUAUUUUUCAGCAUUAUGUACAUAAAUAGGAACAGGACAUUAUCUUCAGGUUGGUAUCAUGAUCACUUUUCUUACUUUCUGUCUAUAGUACUUUUUCAUGGAAGAUAUUUGCUAAAUAAGAAAUGAAAACAGGACUGGGUAGUUGUUGAUUUCUGCAUAUAUUGCAUUUGCUAAUUUUAGAUCAUUUCAUAAAGGGCAAAAUAAGUUCCAAACUCACAUCCAAAUUAUGCUUUGCAGUGGGGAGAGGGUAUAAAAUUUAAUUUAUAUUUUCGGUAGUGGCUGCACUAACUGAUUGAAAAUAGUGCUUAUUUUUUUUUCUAACUUCCGUUUGUUUUCAUGUAUUUGGUGUCAUGCUGCUUUAGAUGCUCUAACUGUAAUCUGAAUUUCACAAAUUUUUUUUCCCCACAAGAACAGAGAGUAGUGAACUUAUAUAGUCAGUUACAUCAAGACAUCUUGUGUUUCUUACAGAGGCUCCUCUUUUUCUUAAAACUACAUAGAUAAACUGUGUUUGUGAACUGCAUGCUGGAAAAUGCUACUAUUACCCUAAAUGAUGAUAACCAACAUUAAAAAUGUGCAAAACUAAUAAAGAUUACAUUUUUUAUUUUA